AUGGGUAGAGUUAUCAGAAACCAGAGAAAGGGUGCCGGCUCCAUCUUCACUUCGCACACCAGACUCAGAAAGGGUGCUGCCAAGCUGAGAACCUUGGACUACGCCGAAAAGCACGGAUACAUCAGAGGUGUUGUGAAGCAAAUCUUGCACGAUCCUGGCCGUGGAGCUCCAUUGGCAAAGGUUGUCUUCAGAGACCCAUACAAGUACAAGCUCAGAGAGGAGACCUUCAUUGCCAACGAGGGUGUGUAUACCGGACAGUUCAUCUAUGCUGGUCAAAAGGCUUCCUUGAACAUCGGUAACGUGUUGCCAUUGGGAGCCCUGCCAGAAGGUACCAUCGUUUCCAACGUGGAGGAGAAGGUUGGCGACAGAGGUGCUCUCGGAAGAACCUCUGGAAACUACGUCAUUGUCAUUGGUCACAACCCAGAUGAGAACAAGACCAGAGUUAAGCUGCCAUCUGGAGCCAAGAAGGUUCUGUCUUCUGACGCUAGAGGUGUCAUUGGUGUGAUUGCUGGUGGAGGAAGAAUCGACAAGCCAUUGCUCAAGGCCGGUAGAGCUUUCCACAAAUACAAGGUCAAGAGAAACUCCUGGCCAAAGACCAGAGGUGUGGCCAUGAACCCUGUUGAUCACCCUCACGGUGGUGGUAACCAUCAACACAUUGGUAAGGCUUCUACGAUCUCGAGAGGUGCUGUUCCUGGUCAAAAGGCCGGUUUGAUUGCUGCCAGAAGAACUGGUUUGCUGAGAGGUUCGAAGGACAAGAACGACGACUAAGUACUGGGAAAUAGCAGAGUAAUCAUCUACAGAUAAGU